AUGCUGCAACAAUCUUUGACCCUGAUUUUGAUUCUGCUGCUUGCAGUCUGCUGUUUUUCGGCAGAAUUGCCUGGAAAUGCCUACUUGCCGCCGCUAAGAAAUCAUCAUCACCACCAAGUUCCAGACGAAGCCAUACCACUCGAUAAUGGAUUCCUCUUCGAUAUCGAGCAGGAUUCACUUGGACGAUAUGCUCCUAUUUUUGUGGAUUAUCCCGGAGUUCAUCAACUUCUGCGGCAGCAACAGGAAUACGCUUUGGAUUUGCCAUUCGAGGAGAAGCCGCGUGAGAGGAAAACCCCAGAGUUUGAAUUUGAUUCUGCAGAUAGAAAGGGAUGGUAG